UCCAUUGCCACGACUUCUUGGAGCAACGAUGGCGACGCGACCACACGAGCUGCCAACUAGUAGCGGCAGUGGCUCGCUCGAUGACUUUGUUGUAUCGAGGAAGCUCGUCAAAGCGACAUCAUCUUCGUCGGAGCGAAAUUUCAGGGCAUUGGAGCGGGAAGAUGACGAGGAAAAACUAUCGGACAUCGAAUCCACUCUGAUCCACGCAAGGUUUAAAUCAAGGGACCAGGACAAGAGGCGCCCUGAUUCAAAAGAUGUGCAUCCUGUGACCAAGAAACGGAAACCAACAACUUCUUCGUCUUCUGAGGUGGUGUCCAAACAAUACAAGAGUGCAGCCAACGACAGGUCCUCCAAGCAGCCUUCAGUCAAGCGAUCACAAGCGGACCAUGAUGGUCACGACCCUUCGUCGCCUUCGCCACGUGAAAGCUACCGGCACCAGAAAGCGAAAGCAUCGCCUCAUGCGUCCGAGACAAAGGCAGAGUCGAGCAAACUUGUCGGAGCGUUUGUGCAAACCGUGGAAAAAGUCCUCAAUCAAUUCGACGGGGAAAAGGACCGCGACGCGGCAUUCAAAAAGUUGCAAAAGGAUUAUUUGGCGUUGCUGAAUGUGCGACAGACAGAACCCGAGAAAUUGCUGGCCGAGUCGAAUCGCCUGGCGAAAGAGGCCAAAGCGUUGCACGCCGAAGCCAACACGAAGUUGCGUCAACAGGUGGCAAACCUGACAAAGAAGGUUGAAAAGUACGACAAGGUUCGUGAAAACAUUGAGCGUAUCAAGGCACGCACUGACAUCGGGGCCAACGAUUCCGAAGUGGUCGUGACGUUGAAGCACGAAAAUGCCAUCAUCCAUGCUGAAAACGAUUCGUUGCGCAACCGCGUCAAGAACCUCGAGCGGGAACUAGAGCUCGAGCGGUCGAAGCACCUGUCCACGACAGCGCCGUCUCCGGCUGAGGUCAGGCGUUUGGAAGGGACGGCCACCGACUUGACACACAAGUUGGUCCAGGCAAACAAGUUGUUGGGAAUCUACGAGCUCUUGUCGAGCUUGCAUAUCAAUUUGAAGAGUUCCAGCGAUGACAAAGUCGAGGUGUCGUGUCGGGCGAUCGACUCGCUGGAUGCCAAGCAGUUUAGCUUCAACGUGGCGAUUCCAACCAACCCGCGGGACCAACUCGAGUACAGUCCAUCCAUGGAAGAAGUGGACCACCAGAAGCGGCAGGCAGCGCCGCUUGUUCCCGACUUUCUCUUGGUACAUAUUUACACAAUUCUUCGUUGUCAAAAGUGGGCACGUAGGACGAGCUCAGUUUUCAACGGUCCGAACUCACGCGGUUUAUGCGAACGAUCUUAGAAGCAGUCAUUCGAAAGAAGUAGUCGGACGUGAAGUAGCAAUAGUAGUCGUAUAUCGUCGUGUUGCAAAAUAUGCCCCAUCCAUUCGGUCGCGGUGUUGUUCACGGCUGUCGUCGGACCUACGACUCGACCCACCACGACGACAACCCGAGGCCGUCUUCAUCGAUCGUUCCCUACAACGAUAUUCAUGAAUUUCCAUGCUGAAUCUGCA